GCAGAAGCCUUGUCACUUGUGCGCUGAUCUGCAGCAUCUGUCAGGUGUCAUGGGCCAAUGCAGGCUCUCAGGGCUGGUUUAUCCCUUCUCCUUCCCGCACAGAGCUGAGCCAGGCCGGCCCCGAGCACGGGAGCACCAUGUACGAGCUCAAUGAGAGCAGCUUCGACCCCAUCACCUUUGUCCUGACGGGCAUCCCGGGCAUGGAGGAGUCCCACAUCUGGAUCUCCGUCCCCUUCUGCCUGAUGUACCUCACCGCCGUGCUCGGCAACCUGCUGCUGCUCUUGGCCGUCGCCACGGACCGCAGCCUGCACGAGCCCAUGUACCUCUUCCUGGCCAUGCUGGCCCUGUCUGACCUCCUGCUGUCCACCACCACCGUGCCCAAAAUGCUGGCGAUCUUCUGGUUCAGCGCCAGGGAGAUUUCCUUCGACGCCUGCAUCACGCAGAUGUUCUUCACCCAUUUCAGCUUCAUCGUGGAGUCCUCGGUGCUGCUGGCCAUGGCCUUUGACCGCUACGUGGCCGUGUGCGACCCGCUGCGCUACGCGUCCGUCCUGACCCCCUCGGCCAUCGGCAAGAUCGCCGCGGCCGCCGUGGCCCGCGGCUUCUGCAUCAUGUUCCCGCCCAUCUUCCUGCUGAAGCGGCUGCCCUACUGCGGGCACAACGUGAUGCCCCACACCUACUGCGAGCACAUGGGCAUCGCCCGCCUGGCCUGCGCCGACAUCAGGGCCAACGUCUGGUACGGGCUGACCACGGCGCUGCUCUCCUCGGGCCUGGACGUCGUGCUGAUCGCCGUCUCCUACGCGCUCAUCCUCAGGGCCGUGUUCCGCCUCCCGUCCCCCGAGGCUCGCCUCAAAACCCUCAGCACCUGCGGCUCCCACCUCUGCGUGAUCCUCAUGUUCUACGUGCCGGCCUUCUUCUCCUUCCUCACGCAUCGCUUCGGCCACCAGAUCCCCAGCCACGUCCACAUCCUGCUGGCCAACCUCUACGUGGUGGUGCCACCCAUGCUCAACCCCAUUGUCUACGGGGUGAGGACCAGGCAGAUCCGGGAGCGCGUCAUCCGCCUCCUGUGCCCCACGGGGGAGUGCCCCUGCCCCAGCUGGGGUGGGGUGUGCUGAGCAGGGCAGGGGGACGCGGGGUGGGCUCCGGAGAGCAGCACGGCUCUUCUUAGCCUGCAGGAACCGCUUUGCCCAAGGGAAAGCGGUUCAGCUCCAGCUUCUCCCUUGAAGGGAAGCUGAGGGUGGUGUGAUCUCUGGAAACCUGGGCUUGGCUCAUCAGCAUCUUCACUGCUGCUGGUUUCUCCUGGAGCUGCUCCCCUGAACUUCCUUCAUUGGCAGAGACUGGGUAGGUUCAGCUGAGAAGCAACAAGGCACUUAGACCUGCUGACUCGCUGUCACUGCUACAGCUCAUGUUUUCUGUCCUACAGCUUCAUCUCUGCCUCUUCCUUCGCCUGUCCUACAGUGCCCAGACCAUGAGCGCCUUGUUGGCUGCCAGACUGAAGCAUGGCACUGAGCAUGGCUGGAUGGCACCAACUGCUCACCACGGCACAGAGGGGUUUGUCCUCCUGCCCUCAUUGCUGAGGGACCCUGGCACUUCCUGCUGCUGAAGGGGUUUCCCUGCUGAAGUGUCCUGAGAGCUUGGGAAAGGCUCUAUUGUCCUGUGUUUGAGGGAAACAUUUCCCUUAAACCACGACUCCCAAAUGCAAUUCAAGCCUUUACAGGGCUGUGUAAAGGGACAGUGAUUUCCUACCCCACCACAUCCCACAGAGAUGCUUUCUGCCUUGGCCAGUACAGCUCUGCCUCACCCAGGCAGCGAGCAGAGUUCUGGCUGGGGUGGUUAGGGAGCCCUUUCUGGAGGCUGCACACAGCAAUGCCAGGAGUGGGGUGGUCGGCCCUGUGUCACCUGUGAGCCCCCAUGAAGGGUCCGGUGUGCUCCUGAUGCUACUCCUGGGGUGCUGCAGGGCAGCCAUUUCUGCAGAAUGUGCCUUUGCCCUGGUGUGAGGGCAGUCAGCACUCCCAGUCCCACAGCCUGACUGGGCUGCGAAGCUCUGUCAGACCUGCCCACGCUGGGGCAAGCACUGCUGCACACCUGGGCACACCUCGGAGGUGUCUCAUGGGAGGGAUGGUGGCCCCGGGGACUGGCUCUGCCAGGAUCUGGCUGCAGGAAAUGCUGUGCCCCACUGAGGGUGGCAGCUGUGCAACCAUCCUGCCUGGGGCUGGUCAAACCCCGUGUUCCUGAGGAGGGCAGGAGCUCAGGGCACACCAGGUGUGCUCAGACCUGCAUUACACAGGAGCUGAGAUCAAGCCAGCAACCCAACCAGCUCUGCUCCAGCCACACCAGUAAUGCUGCCACGACUUCAAAAGAAAAGGGGAAGAGGCAGAGUCGUGAUUUCAGAUCAAACCCCCCAGAAGUUUUUCACUUUUGCACCACAUUUCUUCUUUUCUUUUCUUUAUUUUCCUCUGAUUUGAUCAAAGGUGGCACCGUGUGACGGGCACAGGGGAAAUGAAAGUCUGUUCAUUAAAGGCUGUUUGUCUAGCAGCGGAGAUAACGGGGCUGGUACAAAAGCUGCUCGUGUCACUGGGCUUUUUAAUGUCCUCAGAACGUUCAUGUUUGCGUUGGCUUUCUUAGCAAAAAGGGGGAAAAAAAAGAGUGUUUGCUCAGAGCAGCCAUGUAAUUUUCGAUAGGAGAUGGAGCUGUGAGAAGGAAAAUGUGUCAGGAGAGCAUGUUGCUGUGGGCAGCUCAAAGAACAAUUGAGCUGCUGCCUGGGUUUGUCAAUAGAUGGGGCUUGCAGCAGCCUGGGGCAGUGGAAGGUGUCCCUGCCACGGCAGGGGUGGGAUGAGAUGGGAUUUAAGGUCCUUUCCAGCCCAAACUGUUCUGUGGCUCCAUGGCUCUGUGGAUCUGUCCGUUCCUGGGGAUUUCCCAGAACGGUUUUGCGCAAUGGAGGAGGCAGAUUUGAACUCCUGCUCUGCUCCUUGGCUAGAUGUGGUAGCCAGGUCAGGAGCAAACUGCCCAGGGAAAUGUCCCCAAGUCAAUGAAUCACCAGCUGGGCCAUUCCUGGCCAGGGGCCCGUGCCUAAUGGGGCAUUAGCCAGCCAAGCAGGGAGAUUUAUAUUUCAAGGUGUUAAAAUGUCAGCUUAAUAACUCACAAAGGUGGGAACCACAGCUCCUUCACUUCAUUUUUUUUUUUCUAAAUCUGGAGACACCCACUGUGUUUUUAGCUCAGUUCAUGGCUUUUGUAAGUGUGUUUGGAUUACAGGGAUCUUUGCCUGGUAGGAAGGAGGGGAAGGAGGAAGGUUCCCUGCCUAUGGCACAGAGUUAGAAGAGGUGAUUUCUAAGGUCCCUCCCCACCCCAACCAUUCCACCAUCCCAUUAUUCUGUAAUUUUAACUGGUGUUUUUCCCAGAUACCACAUGAAGGAAGUAAAUGGAACCUCAGAAAUCUUUGGGAAAUAAGUGCAAGUCAUGGAGAAACCCUCCUGUGCCCCCAGUGAAGGUUUCUGUACAGAGGGGGAGCUGAGCCUGCGCUGGAGAGGCGAUGGAGCCUGGGCUGUGGGUCAGGCUCUUGUGUAUGAAAGGGAACGCUGCCGGGGGGAUGGCUGUGCUGGGGACAGGGACAGGGCCAGGGCCAGGGACAGGGACAGGCUCUCAGCACGGACACAGCUCGCAGGUGCCCCUCUCCACUCAGCUGUACUGCUCUGCUGGUGCUUGGAAACUCUCCUUCAUUCCGCGCAGCCAAGCCUGGCUCCAGCUCUCGCUCUCCUCUCCUGGCUUCGGCAAAGGGCAGGACAGAGCUCCUGGGGAAGGGUGGAUGGGGAAGGGGAGCGUCCCCUCAGUGCCCCUGAGCGGCGUGGAGCCCACCUGGGAUGGGUGAGGAGCCCACUGGGAGCUCGGGGGUCGGGAUGCCCGUCCCUGGAAGUGUUCCAGGUCAGGCUGGAUGGAGCUUGGAGCAGCCUGGUCUGGUGAAAGGUGUCCCUGCCCAUGGCAGGGGGAGAACCAGGAUGAUUCCAUCAUUCUGUGAAAUGUUAAUUUAAUAAAAUCCUAUGGGAAUGAA